CUAUCACCCUUAUGUUUACUUCCAUUUCAAUCAAGCUUUCAACUGAAAUGUCUAUCUAUCAUCCUUAUGUUUUUACUUCCAUUUCAAUCAAGCUUUCAACUGGAAUUUCUAUCUAUAACUGGGUUUCCAAUUGGUGACUCAUUCGUCCAAAUUUUCCCUUCUAUGAAAUUUGCGUGCUUUUAGAAAAAUUGUUUUGCUACGGGAUCGUAAUUUGGAUUGAACCUUUGAACCUUGUUUACCAGGUGUAGAAAUUACAGAUCUAAGCCACAUUGCCCAUAAUCUCGCUUCUUUUGUUUUUUGUUUCGUUUCGUUUUGUUUUUCUUCAAUUGCACAUACAUUGGGCUUCUACUAUUUCUUAUGGGUUUAGGCUGAUCUUGUGUGGGGUUUGAAUUGAGAGACGGCUGUUUCUAGCGGUGGUCUGUAGCGAUGGGGAAAUCUCCUGGAAGGUGGAUCAAGGCUGUACUACUUGGAAAAAAGUCUUCCAAGUCUAGUUUAUCUAAAAAUUUUACUGCUGAGAAAAGGACUGCUGCACCAACGGGAGAUCUCACCGUGAAUCCGCUUCUUGUCUCAGAUCUGCCAUAUCAGGCUACAGAUAGAGGUGCAGAAAAUCCCGAAUAUGAUAAAGGUAUUGUGGGACCAAAUUCAUCUGAUGAUGCUGAAAUAAGAAGACAAGAGCAAGCUGCCACAAAAGCACAAGCAGCCUUUCGGGGCUACAUGGCUCGUCGGGCUUUUCGGGCACUAAAGGGUUUAAUAAGGCUACAGGCUCUUAUUCGCGGACAUUUGGUUAGGAGGCAGGCACUUGCCACUUUGCAUUGCAUGCAAUCAAUUUUGAAAUUGCAGGCUUUGGCUCGUGGACAAAGGGUCAGACUUGCAGAUCCUAGACAUAAAGUGAUGGUAAAGGGCACCGCCAGAGAGCUUCAGGAUGCUAAAAAGGCGGAUGUAUUUGUAAAAGAGUCAUCUCUUGGGUCAGAGAAGUUAGUGACAAAUGCAUUUGUCUGCAAGCUUCUUGCCUCAUUGCCGACUGCCAUGCCCUUGAGCCUUCAGUAUGAUGUGGCCGAACCAAAUUCAGCUUGGAACUGGCUUGAGCGUUGGUCGUUCUCCCACUUCUGGGAAUUAUGCGCACAGACAAAGAAAACGGCUGAUGCAAAACCUCAACGAAAGCAGUCUUGCAUGCUUACUGUGGAGACUGAAGCUGGAGAAUUGAAAAUGGGUGUCAGAAAGGUUGUUGCUGCCAACAAUGGUGGCAAUCGUGCUUUAGCUUCUUUUGAGCAAGGUAAGCUGAAAAACAACUCAAGGAAAAUCACAAGUCAUCGAACAGAGUCAGUGCAAGAACAGGCACAGAAUGAACUUGAGAGGGUCAAACGCAAUCUGAGAAAGGUUUCUGCAUCAAUGGCAGUGGCGUCUGAAAAGGAAACUGAGAAUCAACAUCAGAGUCCUAAAGAAGUAUCGAGUUUUGCAGCUCCGAAUGUUUUUAAACAGGAGAUUACUAAUUCUCCUCCAAAGCUGGUUGAUAUGGUUGUUAAUGUCGAUAAAACGGCUUUAAAAGAGGCUCCUCCUUAUCCAUUGACAGCGGACGAGCAAGUUAAUGCAACACAUGAUGAUCAUCCUGCAGUUGAGCUGCAUGCCUUGGAUAUUUGUGGUAAUAUGGAGACACUUCCAGCUGUCUAUGAGGAAUUGAGCUCUAAGGAAGAACAUAAUAGCAAAGAGAAGGUGAAAAUGGGGAGGAGGAAAUCUCUUCCAGCAAAGCAGGAGUAUCCUGAGAAUGCUUCCCAAAACACACUAAGCUUACCAAGUUAUAUGGCGGCAACUGAAUCUGCAAAAGCAAAGCUCAGAGCUCAAGGAUCUUCUAAGAUUGAUGAUGUGGCUGAAAAUGGUUUUGAGCGUCGUCAUUCUCUACCAGCCCCAACAAAUGGAAAAUUGAGCUCAUUGUCACCUCGGAUGCAGAAGCCAGUUCUAGCUAAUGGCAAAGGAGGGAGCAAGAAAAGCAGAUCACUGGUGUCCUCUAGAGAUGAUAAGGUGCUUCAACCAGGGUGGAGGAGAUGAGUGUGACUGCUUCGGAAUAUCUUGGAGAUAUCAUGUGAACAUGUAGCUGCAGUGUUAUUUAGUUUUUGCAGGGUCUCUUGCUGUAAAAGAUGAUAAUAAACUUGGCAAAUCAUAUUUGUUUAUUACCAUGAAUCUUCGUAUGUUGUCGUGGGUUGAUGAGGUAAUGUAUAGUCAAUUUUCGAAUUCUGUUCACUUCUGAAUAAUCUAAUGUCACUUGUGUGCUUUACACUUCAUUC